GAAUCAACAUCACGUGUUUUUGAUUUCUUGACGCAACUUACCGCAAAAUUUCGGUAAUUGCACACUCGGCGCCUAUACUCUAGUUCUUCGUAACGGCACUAGUGAUUGCCUGGACCAGUUCUUACCGUGGGGAUGAUGGCCACUCGGUCUAUGGUAUCGCAGCUGGCGUUCCAUUCAAAGCGUUUCCCUCGGUCUCUCACUCGAGGGCCAGCCAUCGUUUCUCAUAGAGUACCACAUUAUAGACUACUAUUAAGCACGUCUGCUAGGCUGCGUAGCCCGAGCAAUAAUACUCCUCAAAAUAGCUCAUCAUCAAAACCUAUAAAAUCGAAACCCCCCAUAAAUACAACGGGAAGCACGUCACACACUUCCAUUCCCACUUCGAAUCCUUCCCCCUCAUCCGCUGUUGCUCCCUCCUCGGAUACUUCUUCACCCCCCUCAAGUAUUCUACCUUCUUUGGACUUCACUUCUGAAGAACCUCUCCACCCUCAAACAACUGGUGCCAGGUCUGCAGGGCAGUCUCUUUCCAGUAUCGAACGCAAGAAGAAAAUAUAUUCCCGUGUCGGCAUAGCUAUGAUAGGUCUUGGGCUCAUUGGGUCAUAUAUAUAUGCUGGAAGAGAGUGGGGGGAGAAAGAGAAAAUUCCAAAAGGUGCAGAAAAAUCAGGCUUUUUUGGUCGUGCAAGCGCCAGAAUAUCCCGUAAUUUUGACUACUUUGACAAGCCUGCGUGGGACGAACUUCUGCCCCCUCCACUUCCACCACCGCAUGGUCGACCCUACACGCUAAUUUUGUCACUCGACGACCUACUUGUUGCUUCAAUGUGGGACAGGGAGAAUGGUUGGAGGACAGCCAAACGUCCUGGCGUGGAAUAUUUCAUUGGUUACCUGUCGCAAUGGUUCGAGGUUGUGGUCUUCACGUCCCAGAUAUCCUUCACAGCAAUACCGAUCUUGGAGAAGCUUGAUCCGUACAAUCUCUACAUCUCUUACAAGCUAUUCCGAGAAUCCACCCGCUCAGUAGAUGGACGGAUAGUCAAGGACUUGUCGUAUCUCAACCGCGAUCUGUCAAAGGUGAUCGCAAUCGGUACACAGCCUGAUCAUUUGCAUCUCCACCCCGAAAACGCGAUUAUCCUCCCGAAAUGGAGAGGUGAUCAUCAGACUAAGGGUGGACUUGUCGGGCUGAUUCCGUUUCUGGAAUCAAUCGCGAUCCACAAGACUGAAGACGUACGCCCCGUUCUGAAAGCGUACGCGGGAAAGGAUGUUGCUGUAGAAUAUGCCAAGAAAGAGGCGGAGAGCAAAAAGAAGCACAUUGAAGAAUGGGAGCGACAAGGCGGUAACAAGAGUGUUGUGGGAGGAUUUACCAUGAGUUCACUGUUCGGUAGUUCGUCUGGGACUCGCCCAACGAAGAAGGGCCCACCACCGACCUAUCUCGAGGCCAAGCGUGCAGAAGCUCAAGAAUAUUAUCGCCAGGAACUUGCUUACUUCAAGGCUCAGGAACCUCAGAUGCAGAAAAUGAUUGAAGAAGAGCGUGAACGGCAAACGAAGGAGAUGAGUGGAAGCCUGUUUGAUGUUAUUAUGGGGCAGUCGGGGCCUGCAGCCAUGCUUGCUAAACUCGAGAAGGAAAGAGAGGAGAGGGAAGAACGUGAGCGAGAGGAGAAAGCCAGGAAAGAGAAUGGAGGGAAAUAACCUGCUUACGUAAUACAACUGGCGUAUCUUUAUAUAUUAACCCCUGAUGGUUUUGAGA